AUGAGCCGCCUUAACGGCUCAUCGUCAUCAUCAUCAUCAUCAGCAGCAGCAGCAGGAGCAGCAGCAGCAGCAGCAGCAGCAGCAGCAGCAGAUGAUCCACAAACCCUAAACCCUUCGGACGACCCAGAGCUCCUUGAGGCUAUUCGUCUCUCCAGGGAAUGUUAUAAAAAGGAGCUAGCAGCGCCUGCUGCUGAGCCGCCAGAAACAGAAGAAGGGGUGAUUAGGGUUUCUAUAAGGACGCCGUCAGGGGGCCGCAUAAACCGCCGAUUCAGACCCAAUGAAAAUAUCAAGCAAAUUAGUGUGUGGCUGUUUUUUGUUAGCGACGAAACCACCGACCUGCCUCCUCUCUCUCCUUUCUCUUCUUUCUCCUUAGUACAAACCUUCCCCAGGCGGCGCUUUUGUUUUGCUGAUGGCCGGGUGCUUUUGUUUUCACCCGAACAACAGGAAGGUUUAGACGUGAGCGAGGAUACUUUACUUUCGUUGGGGUUUCAGUCUCACGAGCAGCUGAUGAUGCAGCUAUCCUAA